CCUAUUCAAGAUGGCAACCUAGCAGAGGAUCCAUGCUCGUUUGUUGACAUAUUUUCACAAGACACGCUUUUGAGGAUAAGAGGAUUUUAAACGUUUGUAAAUAUGUCGAGACUCAUCGUCAAAAAUCUCCCUAAUGGGAUGAAGGAGGAGAGAUUCAGGUCCAUGUUUGCUGCUUUUGGCACCGUGACUGACUGCUCUCUAAAGUUCACCAAGGACGGAAAGUUCCGUAAGUUUGGUUUUGUGGGUUUUAAAGAAGAAGAUGAUGCUAACAGAGCUUUGAAACACUUCAACAAGAGCUUCGUGGACACGUCGAGAGUAAUGGUGGAGAUGUGCAAGGCGUUUGGAGAUCCCACUAAAGCCAGAGCCUGGAGCAAACAUACCCAAAGCUCAGGACCGGAAAAGCAAAAGAAAAAGAAAGAAAAAAAGGAAACAAGAACCCUUGGAAAUCUGGAAGAGGAUCAGGGCUUUAAGGAGUUUCUGUCAGUACAUCAGAAUCGAAGCCAGGCACCAACGUGGGCGAAUGACAGCAUGCAGCAAACAGCUGAUCCUAACAGUGUACAGUCAAAGGUUCAGAGCAAAAAGAAACCCACUUCAGAUGAUUACCUCAACUUUGAUUCAGACCAAUCAGAAGAAGAGGAAGAGGAGAGGGAAGAAGAAAGCGGCGAAGAUGAAGGUACCACAAAAGAAGCACUAAAGUCCGGUUUAUCGGACAUGGAGUACCUGCGCUCAAAGGUGAUGAAAAAAGAUGACAUCAUGGAGGAGAGUGAAGAGGAGGAUGGUAAUGAAGAGGGUGAAGAUGAAAAUGCGGAUCAUGUUCCUGCGCAGCACGCAGACAGCGCCUACGAGAGUGGAGACAGAGAAAACAUCUCAAAGAAACAAAGCACAGCUUCCCCCGAGGAAAAGAAGAUGAGUAAAGCAAAGAAGUCAGCCAAACAAGAGACGGAGCCGGCGACAGAGUUUACUGUGAAGCUGAGAGGAGUUCCCUUCACUGUCAAAGAGCUACAAAUCAGAGAGUUUAUGACCCCGUUAAAGCCUGCAGCCAUCAGGAUUGGAAGGAACGAAAGUGGAAAUAGAACAGGAUAUGUAUAUGUGGACUUGCACUCUGAAGAACAGGUGGAAAAAGCCUUGAAGAAGAACAAAGACUACAUAGGUGGGCGUUACAUCGAGGUCUUCCGUGUGGAUGCUUCUGGGAGUAAAGCUAAUAGAGACAAAAAGAGCAAAGAAAUUGACAGAAACUUCACUAGAAAACUCAAGGAGGAUGAGGAGGAGGAAGAUGUAGCAGAGUCAGGUCGACUCUUUGUCAGAAACCUUCCUUAUACCUGCAGCGAGGAGGAACUCAAGCAGCUAUUUGCUAAACAUGGUCCACUAUCAGAGGUACUAUUUCCAAUUGACAAUCUCACAAAGAAACCAAAAGGAUUUGCUUUUGUAACAUACAUGAUACCAGAAAAUGCAGUGUCUGCUCUGGCUCAGCUAGAUGGACAUGUGUUUCAGGGGAGGAUGCUUCAUCUGCUGCCCUCCACAGUAAAGAAGGAAAAGUCAGACACAUCCGAUUCUGGUGGUCCCGGCUCUUCUUCCUACAAACGACUAAAAGAUGCAAAAAACAAAGCUUCAAGUUCCAGCUCCCACAACUGGAACACUCUUUUCCUGGGCACGAGUGCAGUGGCAGAUGCCAUCGCAGAAAAAUACAACACCACGAAAAGCCAAGUGCUGGACCAUGAAUCAAAGGGAAGUGUUGCAGUGCGGAUGGCUCUCGGAGAGACACAGAUUGUUCAAGAAACUCGACAGUUUUUACUUGACAACGGCGUCAGCCUGGAUUCCUUUGGUCAGGCGGCAGCAGCAAGGAGCACAACUGUGAUCCUGGUGAAAAACCUUCCAGCUGGAGUGACUGUGUCAGAGUUGGAGGGGCUUUUCUCACCUCAUGGCUCUUUAGGUAGAGUCCUACUACCACCCUCUGGACUUACAGCCAUCAUCGAGUUCUUGGAGCCAACUGAGGCCAAACGAGCCUUCACUCGGCUCGCAUACAGCAAGUUUCAGCAUGUCCCGCUGUAUUUGGAGUGGGCGCCUGUGGGAGUGUUUGUUGAAGGCAAACCAAAACCAGUACAAGACAAACAAGAGAUGGAGAAAGAAGAGAAGAAGGAUGACAAUGAGGAAGAAGAAGAGGAAGAGGAGGAGGAGGCUGCUCCUGGUUCCACCCUUUUCAUUAAGAAUCUUAAUUUCAGCACCACAGAGGAGAAACUACAAGAGACAUUCUCCAAAUGUGGCAAAGUCAAGUCAUGCUCUAUCUCCAAAAAGAAGGAUAAAACAGGAAAAUUGUUGUCCAUGGGCUAUGGUUUUGUCCAGUAUCAGACAGCAGAGGCAGCACAGAAAGCUCUGAGACAACUCCAGCGCUGUACUGUGGAUGAUCACCAUUUAGAGCUGAAGAUUUCUGAGAGAGCCACAAGGACUACUGAAUUGUCACACAAGAAGAAGCAAGUGGAGAAGAAACAGACAGGAUCGAAGAUCCUUGUGCGAAAUGUCCCCUUCCAGGCCACCACCAGGGAAAUUCGGGAACUCUUCUGUACAUUUGGAGAGCUGAAGACAGUCCGUCUUCCAAAGAAAGCAGCUGGUUCAGGGAAUCAUAGAGGCUUUGGUUUCAUUGACUUCAUCACUAAACAAGAUGCAAAGAAAGCAUUUGCUGCACUGUGCCACAGCACCCAUCUCUAUGGGAGACGCCUUGUGCUAGAGUGGGCUGAUGCUGAGGAUUCAGUCGAGACAUUGAGACGGAAAACAGCUGAUCAUUUUCAUGUCGCUGCCAAAAAGCAGAGAAAAUCUGAGGUUCUGGAGGGAAUUCUGGAGACAAUGGAAACCGGAGGAGUGGAUGAAGACUGAGAUCCUGUAACUGUUGACUCUGCCUGCCCAGUGCUUCAGUUUUUUGUAAAUAAAGGACCGCAUAUAAAAUACGGACUAGUGUGACAUCUGCUGAAAGAGUCCAUGUUAUGAAUUAAUCAGCUCAUCACAGCUAUGCCACACUGAAAAUCCUGAAUUUCUUAUUUACAUAUUUGUAUUAAAAUAUACUUAAAAGACAGAUUGUGAAACUGAUGUCACUUCUUUUAUAAAAUUGUAUUUCAUUUCAUAAGAGUUGUGUGGUUGUAAUGCAUUUUUUAAUGUUUGUACUGAAAUUAAAAAUAGAUUGGCUUUUA